AUGAAAGAAAUUAAAACUACACCGUGCUCGAAAGUUAAUAAAAAUAAUACAAAGUAUAACAAAACAAAAGAAAUGCUAUAUUAUGCGCCAAUACGUGGUAAAAUCAAAAAAUGCCCCAAAAGAAUGGAACAUAAUGCCGUAUUAAGUAUUGAAAAAGAUAAAUCUGAACAAAUAAAUGAUAUUUCAUUAAAAGAAGGUGGGGAUAAAUAUGUAUUAAUAAUUCAUGAAAAAGACAUAAAAAUAAAAAAUAAUUUAGUUAAAAAAAAACAAUAUGCAUAUUAUCCUCCUAAAAAAGAAUCCUUAACGUUUAAGCGCAUGAAUACCAGCGAAAAUAUAAAAAAAUAUAUAUAUCCGAAAAAUGAUGAAAAAAAAAAUGCUCUAUAUUUCAAACAAAAAAUAGAGAAGGAACAAAAUAAUUGUAUUCCAUCUUUUGAUAAAAAAAAGAAAAGAAAAGAAAAGAAAAUUAAAGAAAAAAAUAAUCAAGAUAAUAAUGAUAGCACUUUGAAAUCUCUUAAUUAUAGAAAUGACUUAUUUGAUAAUAUUCUUAGAAAAAUAAAAAUAAAAAAAAAUAAAUUAAAGGAAAAAGCUAUAAAUGAAAAUUAUAUUCUUAAAGAAAACAGAAAUAUUCUCAAAAAUAACAAAUCGCACGAAAUUCAAACAGAAGCAAUAUGUUUAAAUGAUAAUACAAGCUAUGCUAUUUGUAGAUGUGAUUUAGUAAAUAUAUGUAAUGAGCACAUUUCAUACUAUGAAGAAAAUCAAAACAUGAAUAAUAGGUGGUUAUUAGAAAGAAGGUAUUCGAAUGAAAUACAUCGAUCCAGCAAAAAAAAUCGUGAAUUAAGUAUUAAUAGUAAAGAUUAUAAGGAAUCAAAACAGGCACAAUGUGAAACCUGUGAAAACUGUAAAAAUAAUGCACUAAACAAUAGUAAAAAAAAGGAAGAUAUGAUGUAUAUUAAUAUUGAUAAUAAUUUUUUCAAUAGCAACAAAAGCAAUGAAUUGGAAGGUGCCCCAUAUGUCAAAUUCGAUAGAUAUAGUAAUAAUGGAAAAAAUAUAUCUGCCUCCAUAUUAAAUAAAUUUUUUUUUAUUUUUUGUAAUGGGUGUUUGGUUGUAUUCUUAGGAGUUAGCAAUAAUAUUUGUGGGCGAAUGAGAAAUAGGAUACUAAAAAAUUUUGAUAGUUUAACAGCAUCAUAUAAUGCCAUAACCUAUGUAAUAAUUUAUUCAUUUUUAUGUAUAGUGUGUAUUAAAUCCAAAAAUAUUCGAAAGGAGCAUUGGUUAUAUAUAUACCCAUGUUUAAAAAAAUAUUUUUUUAAAGAAAUUGCGCCAAACAAAAAAAAGCAAAAUGAGAGCAUCGAACUUUUAAAAAAUGAAGAGAUAGGACAUGAAAGAAACUAUUUAGUUGAAAUAAAAAGUAAUGAAAAAAUAAAAAGAGCAAAAAAAAUUAUGAAUUUUUUUCACAAUAACAAAAAAAAUAUAUUGAAUAAUGAUUUUUCCAUGGAAAAUAUCAAUAAUUAUAAUUCGGAAAGUUCAAAUCACAAUUUAUCUCAAAAACAUCAAAAUGUAUUUCUAAGAUUUGUACCUAAAAAUAAGUAUAAUCAAAUGUAUGAAUAUUCCAUAAAUGAUAAUAAUAGUAGUAGUAUCGAUGAAGAAAAUAAAAGUAUUUGUAAAAAAAAAUCGUACCUUCUAAAUGAAUCAUCGGUUUAUUCAAAAUAUCAUAAUUCACCAUAUGAAAAUUGCACAAAAAAUGGGAAUGUUACAAAUAAAAGUGCUAUUUGUGAAAGGUGCCAUACAUGCAAUUCUGUUAUAAAAAAGGAUGAAAUGGAAAACGAAAUGAAAGAGGAAGCAUAUAAAAUAUAUAAAGAUAAUAAGUAUAGGCAUGGUAAUAAAAAAUAUAAGUUAUAUAACGAAACUAAACAAUGCACAUUUUCCAAAGAUGAAAUGAAGCAUCUUUUGAAAAACGAGGAACAUAGAAAGAAUAAAAAAUAUAUAUACGGAUUUGAUAACAUAAAAUAUUUAAAAAAAUAUAAAGAUAAUAAUUGUUAUAAUAUCUUCAAACAUCAAUGGACAAAUAUGGGAGCAUAUAAAUAUGUUGUUAUUGUGUCAAUUCUUGAUAUAAUAUCUAAUACACUUUAUUUUGUUUCUCAGCUAGCUAUUCCGUUAACUAUAUUAUUAUUAUUAAAUCAAUUAAAUUUUAUAUUUUCUAUUAUUUUAUCUUAUUUGAUUUUAAAAAGAAAAUAUAAUAGACACCAUGCAAUAUCAGUUAUAAUUGUUUUAACAGGAUUUCUUUUUUUUUAUGUACCAUAUAUAUAUAAUGAUAAUACAAAUUUUAUCAAAAAAAAUAUAUUAGCAAAUUAUUAUAUAAAUUCAAAUUCUUUUAUAAACCUAAGUCAAUUUAAUAUAUUUAGUUUUAGAAAUCUAGAAACAAUUAAUGCGCCUAGUGAACCCUUGAAUAUGUCCCCAUUUGGUUUGAUAAGCUCAAUUAUGCUUUGUGUAGUUUCUAUUAUAUUAACAUCUUAUGGUGGUAUAUUACGAGAAAUUUUUUUUUGUGAAUAUGUGAAACAAAGAAAAAACCAUAUCACAUUAAUGGAUAAUCAAACAUGUUUAGAUAAAAGUUAUUUAUAUGUUCAUGGUAUAGAAGAAUUAUAUCAUAAUAGACAAAUAAAUGAGUUUAAUUUUCCAGUUUUGUAUAAAAAAGAUGAAAAAAAUAAAAAAUGUAAUUAUUGUAAUCGAAAUAAAUAUUAUAUAUCCCCCAAAAAUUCAAGAGACGAAAUAAUAGAAUGUGCAAUACCGUCACAUAAUAUAAUCAACGAAAAAGAAAAUAAUAAAUAUGAAUAUAUCACAAAAAAUAUAAAAGAACCCCGGUCAUUAAAAAAAAUGAGUGUUAUAUUAUUAUCAUUUAAUAUUGCUCUUAUACAAAUAUUAUUAUUACCUAUUAUUUCAUAUUUUCAAUUUUUAUUUAAUCCAAGUAAUAACAUAUCAUAUUUAUUAUAUAUUAAGGAUAGUCUUAGAUGUUUUUCUGGGAAUACAACAGAAAAUAAUGAGAAUUGUAAAUUUUCUCUUUUAAUUUAUUGUGUAUAUAUAAUUGUAAAUGUUUUAUUUAAUUUAAGUGUUUCCUAUUUUUAUAGUAAUUAUUCUUCAGCAGAAUGUUUUUUAAUUUUAAAAUCAUCAACACCCCUUACCUUAGUAGUUCUUUACUUCUAUGAUUUCCCAUUUAUAUCAGAUAGCGAUAAAUAUUUUUCUAUUUAUUUUAUUAUUAGUAUAUUUAUUGUUUUUACUGGAGUUAGCUAUUUUUUUUAUCAAAAUAUUACACCAGAAAAAGAGACGAUAAAACCAGAGAGAAAAGAAUAA